AUGUUUUAUUUUAUAAAAAGAAAUUUUGGUUUAAUAUUUUCUCAAAAAUGUCGUUCUUUAUACUGCAUUUUGUUAAGCCGCAACGUUGAAAAUUGGACGUGUAAAAGAUAUUUUUGUAGUAGUUUUGUCGGUUUUCUAGUGGCUACCGUGUUAUGGUUCCUACUUCUGCUUAAUUUUCAAUUUUCUUUAGAAAUGAAGAUUAUAACAUUGGGGAUAAUCGUUACAUUGGUUGGAACCGGAUUUUUGUUUACAUCGAGUUUAAAGUGUAUUACUUUUUUAAUAUUUAUGGGAAUGGCAGGCAAAUCUGGACGGAGUUAUUUGCGAGCUUUGAGUUUCGCCUACAUAAUAACAGGUCCUAUUGCAAAUUUGGCUGCAAAUGGUGGAGAAGUUGUUCGAGUAUUUGCAUGUGCCACAACGCUUACAUAUAAUUUGACCAAGACCCGAUUAGAUAUUAUGACAAAACCAUUCCAAAAAACCUUAAAUUCGAUGGAAAAUGAUUUAAUUGAUGUAAAAAAAUCAUUUGAAAGGAUGAAUGAAAUCCUUCUUCCAAUUCGCGUUGAAGUUGGUGGAGCCGAUUACGAUUCAUAUGAUAAUUUUACUUUUGGUAAAGCGGAAAAUAUGGGACACCAUGUGCAAAAGACAUAUACAAAAAAAUUUGAAACUCGUUGUAAAAGGCAGAUAGUGAAAGGGGAAAAACGCUGCCGUGAAGCAUUUGCCAAAGCUCAUACAGAAUGUGAGAAUAAGUUUCCCCGUAUAGUUCGAACUUUCUUCUGUUGGCCUUUUCAAGUGGAUUUUAUAUGUCACAUGAAUUUAUUGGGAAAACCAGACAAUAUUUGUAAACCAAAUGAAGUGCUGCCUUCCAAUUUUGGAGACAACUAUGUUCAAUUGAAUGAUGCUCAAAAUACACUUUAUAGAAAUACCUCAGAAGUGGAGUUAAAAUACAAAGCAAAAUCCGUAAUUACACAUGCUGACAUGAGGGCACUCGAUCACAUAUCUGAUAUGGUUGUAGACGAAUUUAAUGCCAAGAAGAAAAUAUUUGAUAUAAUAAUGCACAUCACAAAUACCGUUUUAUCACUACUUAUCUUUAAGGUUGCAGUUGCCGCUGUAGUAUAUCACAAAAAGUACUUAAGCAACAUUGAUUUUGAUAAUAUAUAUGUAACGGAUUACUUUCGCCAAGUUGAUGACCGGCGAAAACGAAAAAAAAAACCAACAAUAUUACCAUUAACCAAGUUCGAAAAAAACGAUGUGGUGGAUUUGGAGCGUACAUGCCACCGAACUGAAAAUGAAUCGAAGAUAAUAUUUUUUUAUUUUCUUCAAUUCUCAUUGGAAAUCUUAACCGCAUGCUUCUUUUUAAUUCUUGACCACGUGAUUAUUACGUUGCUCAAUAUAAUACGAUUCAAUUCUUUCAUUACAUAUACACAAGAAGGAGAGCACAUAAUAAAUUUUCAGUGCUGAACACAUUGAGCGCGACACGACAUAGCAGCACGACAGUGAACUGAAAAUGGCGUCGUGAAUCCUUCAACAUGAACAUUUGUGAGAUGCAGCAACUUAACAAUGGCCGGCAUGGUCACAAGACAACACAGCUGUCCAUUUUGCAUGUACACAAUUUCGUUGUGGCCAUACUAAUACCUUGCACUUCAAUGAAAUUUUAAUAUUUUGU